GCCGGGCACAGAUACUCAGGCACAUAAACAUAAACAUAUUAUACAUUAUUCGUCUUCAUGGAGGUUUAUUGCAUGACCGUUUUCAUGGCCACAGCACUAAUCACAAAAUCGUUGACAGAAGCGUGGUCUUCAUCAUCGGCGGUGUUCAGUCUGUGAUACUGGGAUAAAUGUCGGUUAACUCUUCCAGCUCGCCAAGAGGCUUUAGAACGCCCUCCACCGCCUUCUUCAUUUUAUUCUCUGUUUCGGAAAGAGAUGAUCGAUGACCUGGACCAAUGUGCACGACCAGAAGAGCACGACUCGAGUCCGAAACUCCAUAUCGACGAAUCGCCUCUGUGAUCUGUUGAUAUAACCGAGAAUGUCAGAAAUGUGAUCUCAGAGUGCACAGUCUUCGUUCUUAGCGAAUUUUGUGAUUCGGCAAGAAUGGCUUGAUGAAUGGCAGUCUGCAAAUGAAGUCUACUUGUGAUCUGUCCCUAUGGAUUAGCUUUCCUUACGAUGACCAAAAGUUGAGGUCAUGCACAUACUAGCGUAGCGUCGAUGAAUGCAAAGUUGAUUGCGUCCCUCUCCCUCUCUCCCUCCUCCCCUUCCAUCUUUGAAGCGUCCAUAAUUCUCUUUCGAAUAGCAGAAGCAUUUGCAACCGGAGAAUAAAGUGCAACGUAGGCGCUGUCAGACCCUACGCCUCUGACGUGGUCAAAGACAAAGGACUCCAUCUGACAAAGCGAAUCAUUUCUCUUUACAAACUUCCAAAUUUGUUGUCGAUGCUCUGGAAGCUCUCUCGGAACUUGCCUUUCUAUCUCUCGUUAUGUUCUAUCCUACUCUCUAGUACAGCUCUGCCUGUUCGCUCGACCGAGCUCACCACGGAGAAUUUCAAAUCCACAGUCGCAAACGGAGUCUGGCUCAUUGAACAUUUCUCGCCGUAUUGCGGCCAUUGCAAAAAAUUCGCACCGACAUGGGAUAUGUUGGUGAAGGAUAAUGAAGCUCAGAGUGAUCCUGGUAUCCGGCUUGCCCAGGUGAAUUGUAUUGCUCAAGGAGACUUAUGCAACGCCAAUGGUGUUGCUGGCUAUCCUGAACUGAAUAUCUACGUUGAUGGAAAGAAAAUGGACAGGUUCUCAGGCAACCGAGAAAAGCACAUACUCAUGGCUUACAUGAAGAAGUGGGCCCGAUCCCAGCCAGAACAAGUUGAGGAGACAAGAGAAUCAGCCGUGAUACCUCCCAAUCCUUCAGGAGAAGUGCUUGUUCUAGACCCAGAGAAUUUUGAGAGCACCAUCGCUUCGGGCCCUACAUUUGUGAAGUUCUUCGCACCCUGGUGUGGCCACUGUAAAAAACUGGCUCCGGUAUGGAAGCAGCUUGCGAAAGCCUUACAGCAGAAACUGGUCGUUGCCGAAGUCAACUGCGAGAACUAUGGGUCUUUGUGUACCUCGCAGGGUAUCGAUGGCUACCCCAGCCUGCAGUAUUAUACUGCCGGUUCCAAGACAGAGUACACCGGUGGACGUAAAGUGGAGCAGCUCAAGUCUUUUGCUGAGAAAGCAAAUGGCGCAUCGACGAAGGCAGUAACGCCAGAAGAAUUGGAACAAUACGUCGCUGAAGAGGAUGUCGUUUAUGUCUUGCUUCACUCGUAUUCGUUAUCCGGUGUCAUAGAUGCUAUCUCUCCUCUUCUUCUCCCUUUACUGGGCUCUCCCAAAUUGCUUACCGUGCAAGACCCACCGGAAUCACUCCUUUCACGUCUGUCGAUGACGUCUAUUUCACCUUCGACAUGGUAUGUUGUCGCUCUGAAGGACCACGAUAUCACCACACCAGCCGCCAAAUUCUCGUCCUAUUACUCACCCGCCGAGAUCUCCGAUCCUGGCCGACAAGAAAUCCUCGCGCAAUGGCUGGUCAAUAACCGCCUACCCACGACCGUUGAACUCACCCGGGAUACAUUUCAAAGUGUAAUGAAUGCACCUAACAAACCUCUAGUCGUCAUCGCAUCGGUUACUCAAGAGAACGAAGAGCUUGUUCGACAAACUCUUUCGGAACUCGGGAAAAAGUGGAGGGCCCAGACGCACGGCACUGGUAUAGCAAUUGGUACAAGAGGCCAACGACCUGUCGUGUUUGCUCGGAUGGAUGCGGAGAAAUGGAAGAGCUGGAUGAAGAGCAUGUACGGUGUCAAGCCUAAGGAAACCAAUGACUUGUCCGAAAUUGACGUUGUAGUCGCUGACCAUCAGGAAUUGAUCUACUACAACACUGACUCGAGUGGAUCGCGGAUAAGACUAAAUUCGGCUACUAGCGUGUUCUCUGCGAUUGAAGGCGUUGUUAAUGGCAAGACCAAAUACUUGCACUCGGAGAACUUCAUCGAGCGGUUGGCAAGAUAUCUCAACAAGAAGAUGACCGCAAUAGAGAAAUAUGUUGUCAACAACCCGAUGCAUGCGGUUCUGUUUGUAUGCGGAAUUAUCGUCAUUAUCAUAAUGGCCUUUAGGAAACUGCUUGCGGAUGAUCCUACGGAUAGAGACUUUGGUAAGAUGGGUAAAGGAGGGCGUCUGGAUUAGAUGUCGAUAAUGGGUUCUUUCGUUUGCUUUAUUUAUUGAGUUCUGGUGUAGGAGUAUCAUUAAAGUCGUGUUAAUCACCCAUGACAUACUUUGAGAGGCGAUAAUAACUCAUUUACUCCCCCGCGGACUG